AUAAGACAAUUUCAAACGUGAUACGACUUAGUUGACAUUUGGAGUCCUAACAAGACUAGUGAACAUGAAAGCCACACUCUGUUUAGCUAUCAUUGCUUGUUUUGUUGCUGUGGUGUACAGCGAAGACUGUAGACAAACAUCUGACUGUGUGAACACCGCUUGUGCCGCUGGGGCUUUUGUUGGAUGCUCCCACUCCGCAAGACAAUGCACAUGUUACACACAUAACACGCAUGGAAUUGCUUGUACUGACCGUGACACAUGCCGCGCCUCCUCUGCUCUUCACUGUGAUAGGGACGAAAAACACUGCGUGGACGGAUUCUGUCACUGUACACACAACUGA